UCUCUCUCUCUCUCUCGCUCGCUCAAUUAUAAAUGACAUCUGAAGAAUUGGAAAAGGUGAUAUUGAAUAUUGACUGAUUGGAGCAGAGGGGAAGGAAGGAGUGAGAAACCCAUAUAUACACACACAGAGAAUCGCAGUCGCACUAUACUACUUCUUUCCUCCAACUCAGUGGCUCUGCUUAAUUUGCAGAUAGGAGUAUCUCAGUUUUCGCCAUUUCCACACUUACCGAAGCAUUGUUAGUAUACAAAAUACGCGCAUGCAACGGUGGAGUUUGAUUUAGUCCUUGUUUGGAAAUCUGCGCCUUCGAAUACAACACAAGACUCUUUUUUUUUUGUUUGCGUUGGUUGAGGGAAAAAAGGUUGAAUUUUGCUGAGGGUUUUGGGAACGUUGGUGUGCUGCUUUCUUCGGAGUUUUUUUUAGCAUGAGAUGUUGAGAUCUGAGGAGGAUUUGAAAGUUUGUUUGUUUUUUUGAGCUAGAGAUGGUGUUUCUCAAUUGCAUUUUCUCUGAUUGAGGAGAAAAAAAAUCAGGAACUGAUUGGGCUGAGUUUUGGUGGAAACUUUUUCAAUUUGGCCUUACUUUCUUCAUGAAAUAAGGCUUAAUUUGUUGAUAUCGAUGAAUUGGAGGAGUGAGGGGGUAGAAAAUUGAGUUUUGAAAUUUUGGAGGGUGAAAUUCGGAGGAUUAAAGUACUGGUGUUAUGCUAUUUGGGGGUGGAGAGGAGUUACUGCUGUUUAUUGUGCUUCUUCAACUGUAUUGUUUGAAUCUUCAUCAUGAAACUCUCUGCUUGCUUGAAUCAGCAGUCUCCUGAAGGAGAGAAGAGCUGCCUAAAUUCUGAACUUUGGCAUGCCUGUGCUGGCCCUCUCGUUUCUCUCCCGUCUCUCGGAAGUCAUGUGGUGUAUUUUCCGCAGGGCCACAGCGAGCAGGUUGCUGUGUCCACGAACAAGGAAGUCGAUGCUCAGAUGCCCAAUUACCAAAGUUUACCUGCACAGCUUGUUUGCCAGCUUCAUAACGUGACCAUGCAUGCCGACAUAGAGACGGACGAGGUGUAUGCACAGAUGACCUUGCAGCCGCUGAAUGCACAGGAACAGAAAGAGGUUUCCUUUCUUCCAGCAGACAUGGGUGUAGCCAGUAAACAGCCGACGAAUUACUUCUGCAAAACUUUGACAGCUAGUGACACAAGUACUCACGGUGGCUUCUCAGUUCCGCGUAGGGCAGCUGAAAAAGUGUUCCCACCAUUGGAUUUUUCACAGCAACCUCCGGCACAAGAGUUGAUUGCCAGGGAUCUUCAUAACAACGAGUGGAAAUUCAGGCAUAUAUUUCGAGGUCAGCCAAAGAGGCAUCUGCUAACAACUGGUUGGAGUGUUUUUGUGAGUGCUAAAAGACUUGUUGCUGGUGAUUCGGUUCUUUUCAUAUGGAACGAGAAGAAUCAGCUGCUUCUUGGCAUUCGGCGUGCUAACCGCCCACAAACAGUGAUGCCUUCGUCAGUUUUAUCUAGUGAUAGCAUGCAUCUAGGUCUGCUUGCUGCUGCUGCUCAUGCAGCUGCAACAAAUAGCCGUUUCACGAUAUUCUAUAAUCCCAGGGCAAGUCCCUCUGAAUUUGUUAUACCUCUGGCUAAAUACAUAAAAGCAGUGCAUCAUACGCGAGUGUCUGUGGGGAUGCGCUUCAGGAUGCUGUUUGAAACAGAAGAAUCUAGUGUUCGUCGCUAUAUGGGCACAAUAACUGGCAUAAGCGACUCAGAUCCUGUCAGGUGGCCGAAUUCACAUUGGCGAUCAGUUAAGGUUGGCUGGGACGAAUCAACAGCUGGAGAGAGGCAGCCGAGAGUUUCACUUUGGGAAAUCGAACCUCUAACCACAUUCCCUAUGUAUCCAUCACCGUUUCCUCUAAGACUGAAGCGGCCAUGGCCGUCAGGUCUCCCCUCCUACGCAGGGAUGAAGAUUGAUGACAUGGGGUUAAAUCCCUCCCUCAUGUGGCUUCGUGGAGACGGAGGAAUGCAAGCCCUGAACCAAGGGAUGGGGGUCUCACCUUGGAUGCAGCCGAGGUUUGACGCAUCGAUGCUUGGCUUGCAAAACGAUAUUUAUCAUGCUAUGGCAGCUGCAGCUAUGCAGGAUAUGAGGGUUAUGGACCCUUCCAAACAAAUUCUUUCCUCGAUUAUGCAAUUCCAGCAGCCCCAAUCCAUCGGCAGCAGAUCUGCAGGCUAUAUGCAGCAGCCUCUGUCCUCUGCUCCGUUUGUUCAAAGCCUUCAAGGAAUUCAGUCUCAGGCAAUGUCGCAGUCUCAAGCAAAUCUCCUCCAACAAAAUUCGUUCAACGAAGCACAGAUCCACCAGCAGCAGCAUCAGCACAGUAAUCAGACGCAGCAAGUUGUUGAUCCACAGCUAUCACAGUUGUCAUCAAAUUCUCAAGUGCAGUCUCAGACGAUGCACUCGAUGUCUUCCAUGCAGCAGUGCUUUCCAGAGUCGAAUGUGAAACCGGUCGGCAAUAUGAGCUCUCCUCUGCACAGCCUGUUGAGUUCGGUCACCCAGGAGGAGGCCUCCAACCUCCUCAACGUGUCAAGGUCGAACAACUUGCUAUCUUCGAGUGGUUGGCCGACAAAACGGGUUGCUCUAGAUCCUCUUUCCAGUGGUAUCCCCUCGCAGACUAUCUCACCGCAGGCUGAUCAGUUAGGACUCUUAAACUCAAAUGCAACCAGCAAUCCUGUUUCUUUGCCUCCAUUUCCCAGUAGAGAUUGCUUGAUGGAGCAAGAAGCGAAUAACGAUCCCCACAACCACUUUCUCUUUGGAGUGAACAUAGAUUCCUCCUCUCUUCUCAUGCCGAAUGGAUUGUCAAACCUGAAAGCAGUCAGUGAGCCUGAUAACGCGGCCAUGACCUUCGCCUCUUCCAGCUACAUGACUAGCUCCGGUGCUGAUUACUCACUCAAUCCUACAGUGACUUCAAGCAGUUUCAUUGAUGACUCGGGUUUUCUGAUAUCUAAUGACAAUGGUGGGCAUAAUGAUCCGUCCGAUAGAACCUUUGUUAAGGUUCACAAAACUGGGUCGUUCGGAAGGUCACUCGACAUCACCAAAUUUAGCAGUUAUUCGGAGCUGCGCAGUGAGCUCGCUCAGAUGUUUGGCCUUGAAGGCGAAUUGGAAGAUCCGUUGAGAUCAGGCUGGCAGCUUGUAUUUGUGGACCGUGAAAACGAUGUCCUUCUUCUCGGGGACGACCCCUGGCAGGAGUUCGUAAACAGCGUAUGGUGCAUCAAGAUCCUGUCGCCACAAGAGGUGCAGGAAAUGGGGAAACUAGGACUGGAGCUUCUAAACUCCAUCCCCCUACAAAGGUUGCCUGUCCAAAACGGCGGCUGUGAUAGUUAUGGAAGCCGGCAGGAGGGUAGGAACAUGAGCACCGUUAUACCGUCUGUCGGAAGUCUUGAUUUCUGAAUUCUGAGCCAGUUGUAUUAAUAGUUGCAAUCUGUCUGUAAUAUUAGCUUUAUCUGAAUCUGGUAGCCAUGAGAUUUUCUUUCUAACUUGAAAAGAUUUUAUAAUAGAAGCUAUAAUACUGUAAGUAUCUCAUAGUUCAUCCUCCUCUGUUCUCUUCCCAUGUUCUGGUCUAGUAUUAGUUGAUCAUGAAAUAGCACUAGUUUUGAUUGUCUAUCACUUCAAAAAAACUCAGUUUAGCCCUAUUUUGUUUGCUUCUCA